UCUCAAGUCGAAAGACCAAGACCCAUUACGGCAUUAAGGCGUUACGUAAGAAAAGCAGAGUUGAACAGGAAGAGGGAUUUCACUGAAGGAUACACCAGAGCUCUCCCCGCAGGCCUAAGGGAAAGGAUGAAAACAGAUAUCUGCAGAACAGCUGACCCAGAAGAUUCCGCCCCACCACUUUCACAUCCCCCUUCCAACCCUUGCAGCCAGCCACCCAAAACACACCGCCGGACCAGGAUCUCCACCAACAGCCCCACGCACACCCAAGCCAUUUGCUCCCAGACCACAAAAACCAACAGCCAAAAGUGAAAGCCACAGACAAAAUCUCUCGGCAACAGGAAAGCGACGAAGGGAAAGAUGACACGCCACAUAAAGCCGGCACCGCGGCAGCACACAGACCACUGCCACCACCCAGCCCCACCAGGCGCCUGCCCACCACAACCAGAGUCCCACCAUGGCUGUGCCUGCAAGCCCACAGCACCCACGGGGCUACAGCAUCCUGCUGCUCACGCUCCUUAUGAAAGCUCUCGCCGCCGCCGCUACCGCCUGCAACCACCUUCGCCCCCAGGAUGCCACCUUCUCUCGUGACAGCCUCCAGCUCCUCCGGGACAUGGCUCCCAGCCCACCCCAGCCGUGCCCACAGCACAGCGCGCCAUGCUCCUUCAACGACACCAUCCUGGACACCAGCAACGCCCGGCAAGCUGACAGAACCACCCACGACAUCCUCCAGCACCUCUUCAAAAUACUCAGCGGACCCAGCACUCCAGCCCACUGGGUCGACAGCCAACGCCAAAGCCUCCUCAACCAGAUCCAGCGGUACACCCAGCACCUCGAGCAGUGCUUGGCAGGCAGCGACACGCACUCCCGCACACGAUGGCCUCGCAACCUUCACCUCACCAUCAACAAACACUUCAGCUGCCUCCACACCUUCCUCCACGACAACGAUUACAGCGCCUGCGCCUGGGACCACGUCUGCCUACGAGCUCGCACCUGGUUCCUGCACAUCCACGACCUCGUGGGCAACACGCGCACCUAGCCCCAAGCGCACCUCCCACCCUCUUCCUAGUUACCUAUUUAUUCAACUAUUUGUACAAACGGCUAUUUAUUCCUCUAUUUAUUCUUCUAUUUAUUCAGACAAAAUAAAGCUCUCCUUUCCAAAACUGCCUGCGACUGCCUCCUUUCGCUCAAUCACAGGAGCCCCUGGCGGGGGCAACCAACCCUGGGAUUCUCACACACCGCUCUGAAAACUCCGGUACCCGCUUACUUCUUCUGUAAACCUUGCAGGUCCAGGGAGAUCCACGAGGUCGCCACAAAAAGCGGACAAAGCAGGGACACCUGCGGCAGCAGGACCGGCCCGCUUUGACUAACAAAGCCAAAGCAAGAAGCUGAUUAUCACUUUCAGCACAGCAGCUUGACGGCCACAGCGGUACCGCGGGGACGGGCAGAAGUAGCCCUACAGUUAACUCGAGCCUUGAGUACGGUCAGCAAGAACGCAAAGGCGGCGUAUCACUGCAGUGCUUGACUCUUCACGCAAAUCCUGUCAAACAUCACCCCACACAGAGAAACCCACAAGCUUCAGCUUCUAAGGGGAAGCAGAGCAGACAAAGGCAGGGAGAAGGAAGGAGACAGCAGAGCUAAGAGACGGGAAGCUACAGUCAUCUUACUCCACCAUGACGGGGCACCUUCUUGGCAACCACUCCGCCUCACCUCGGGGUGGAGAACGCUGGCACAGCAUGGAUUUCAGUACCGCUGUGUCUUAGUUUCACAGGCUGGCACUAGAACCGUUUUCUUCAGAGCGCCUGAUACGAUGCGGUGUUUUGGUUCCAGGAGAAAAACAACGCUGCUAACACACCAACGCCUACUCUUGCUGCUAAGCGGUGCUGCACAGAGCCAAGGCUAUUCUCUGGUGAUAGUCUGCCUGUAGAGCAUUCUCCUCCAGGACAGUUGUUUUAUUCCAUCGCAGCCUUUUCCAGAUUUCUAUGCUUUUCCAGAUCUCUUUCAUCUCUACUGUAUCAACCAUUAGCCUACCGAUUAACACCCUUAGUGCCAUAUUUUCUUCUCUAUGUAUCCUUCAGCACCAUUUCUAAUUCUUCAGCAGCACCAACACUCCAGCCCAGUGUAUUGACAAUCCAUUUCAACAACUUCUCAUCCACACUGAUAAGUUCUUGCUUCACUUUAAGCAUUGCUUUACUGACAGCAAUAUCUGCUUCCAAUCUCUGGGCCCCUGCCAUUUUCACUUCAGCAUCAACAAAUACUUCAGAUCUAUCCACAGCUUCCUCAUGCAGGACUAGUACAGUGCUUGCACCUGGGAUCAUGUUUGUGUUUAUGCUCAUGCCUGCUUUUAAAACACAGAUAUACUCACAUGGGAGAUGAAACAUUGAGCUCCUCACACAGCCUCAUCUAAAUGUCUCAACACCCAAUGAUUGUCCCCAUUCAACAGCACUCAGUGAGAUAAACCAGCCACAGCUUGAGCUGGGUCCGCCCUGCACUAUUUGCUCUGCCUUCCUCAAGCCAAGGGCCACAGCAACAGGGAGACAGACAUGACUGAGCCCAACCCAUUGUCACUGUAUCAAGGGCUGAGCUGGACUACAGCAUAGCCCAUUCUGCCACCAUGCCUGGCCCACACCACAGCCCAAACUUGUUUGGAACAGAGGGAGGAAGUCUUUGCCCUGAGAGACAGUGAGGAGACAGACUGACAGCAAUGCGAAGAGGAGCAGCAUUUAUUACUCAGAGCAUUAUGGAGGCUGUUUGCACUUCGGCCCCAACCACCUCAGGCAAUGCUACAGGCCUGGGGCAGAGUGACUGUGUAGAGGAAACAGAUCUGCGGGUAUUGGUCAACACUCAGCUGAACAUUAGCCAGCAGUGUGCCCAGGUGGCCAAGGCUGCCAAUGGUAUCCUGGCUUGAUUCACAAAUUAUGUCAUCAGUAGGAACAGGGAAGUGAUCAUCCCUCUGUACACAGCCCUUGUAAGGCCACCCCUUGAGCACUCGUUCAGUUAUGGACACCUCACCACAAGAAAGUCAAGACCCUGGAGCACAUUCAGAGAAGGGCAGUGAAGCUGGUAAGGGGUGUGAAGCAUAAGUCUUAUGAGAAGCAGUUGAGGGAGCUGGCCUUGUUCAGUCUGGAGAAGUGGAGGCUCCGAAGUGACUAUCACUCUCUACACCUACUUGACAGAAAGCUGUGGUGAGGUGGAGGUUGGCCUCUUCCCCUGUAUAACUAGUGAUAGGACUAGAGGGAAUGGUUUCAAGUUACACCAGGGGAGAUUCAGGUUGCACAUUAGGAAAUAAUUCUCUGAUAAAGUGGUCAGGCGCUGUAAUGGGUUUGCUCAGGGAGGUGGUGGACUAGCAAUCCUGGAGGUUUUCAGGGCAUGUUUAGAUGUUGUACUGGGGGAUGUGGUUUACGGGAAACAUUGGUGACAGGUGGAUGUCAGGUGUAUAUGCUCAUGCCUGCUUUUAACACAUGGAUGUACUCACAUGGGAGAU